AUGGAGAUAACAGCUCUCUGCACUAUUAUUGCCACUCUGAGAAUAUUUCCCAACAGAUCUCAGUUCUUCCUGUAUGAGUCUGUUACACUGAGCUGUGGAGAGCAUGAAAACUCUCCUGACUGGACAAUAAAGAGAAACACGUCUAUAAAAACAAAUCAUGAGUGUUCCAAACACUGGGGUUCAAAAAAUGAGUCACACUGCUUCAUUCAAGAUGCUUACCCCUCAGACAGCGGAUUGUACUGGUGUGAAUCUGGAGCUGGAGCCUGCAGUGAAGCUGUCAACAUCACUGUGACUGGAGGCAAAGUGAUUCUGGAGAGUCCGGUCCAUCAUCUGCAGGAGGGCGAUGCCGUCACUCUGCAUUGCACAUAUAGGGAGACUUCUUUUUCCAACCUCACAGCUGAAUUUUAUAAAGAUAACCUCCUCAUUGGGCACAGCUCUACAGGAGUCACGACUAUCCCAAAGAUUUCAAAGGCUGAUGAAGGUUCCUACAAGUGUAAUAUCUCUGGUACUGGAGAAUCACCAUACAGCUUGCUGUCUGUCAGAGGUGGGCAGCCUGAACCUUUUCACUCCCCUCUUCUGCGUGACUCACUUCCUGUGUUGAGGGUUUCUGUCUCUCUGGCUGUGGUGAUGGUGCUGCUGCUGUGA